ACCACUACAGGCAAAUGUCUGGCUUCAUUGAAAGAGUCAAAAUCAGCAAAGUAUUGCUGAUGCAAGACAUGGACCUUACAGAAAAGUUUGUAGGAAAGAGCCUUGAUGAAAUUGGGAGCAUUCCUUUUGAAGACAUUUUAACAUCUGGUCCAGAGACAUGUGGUAAUGAAAAUAGAGCAGAAAGUCAAGCAGAAGUCGAUGCUGAGCACACAAGUCUUGAAUGUCAAGCAGAAGUCGAUGCUGAGCACACAAGUCUUGAAUGUCAAGCAGAAGUCGAUGCUGAGCACACAAGUCUUGAAUGUCAAGCAGAAGUCGAUGCUGAGCACACAAGUCUUGAAUGUCAAGCAGAAGUCGAUGCUGAGCACACAAGUCUUGAAUGUCAAGCAGAAGUCGAUGCAGAGCACACAAGUCUUGAUGCCCCAGAUGGAUAUGGGUAAGUUAAAUUAAAAAACAUUGAAACAAUGUACUUUAAUAUCCCCAUUGGAGAUCAAUGUUUUUUAGCUGAG